GAAGCUGCUAAGCUACGUGAACUACAUGCAGAUCUAGCUAAACAAGAAAGUGAAACUCAGGAAGAAAAAUCAGAUGUUGAUGCUCGUUCAGUAUACGUUGGUAAUGUUGAUUAUGAUUCCAGUCCCGAAGAGCUACAAAAACAUUUCCAAUCUGUUGGUGUCAUCAACAGAGUUACUAUCUUGUUGAAUAAAUUCACUGGUCAACCAAAGGGUUUCGCCUAUAUCGAGUUUGCUGAACCAGCUUCAGUCGUCAGCUCAUUAGUUCUGAAUGAUUCUGUUUUUAGAGGUAGAAACUUGAAGGUCGUCCCAAAAAGAACCAAUGUCCCAGGUUUCAACCGUGGUAGAGGUAGGGGAAGAGGAAGAGGUGGUUUCAGAGGUAGAUUCAGAGGUAGGGGUAGAUUCAAUCCAUACUGA